AUGAGUCAUAGAAGAAAGGAGAAGAUAGAAGAUAUAUUACCCCUUCAUCAGAAUAAUCAUAGUAACCAUGGAUUCACUUACAAGCCCAAAGCAACCCAAAACCAAACUGAUUCCUUGAAGUCUCAAUUUGUCAAGUGGAAGAUACUAUUGAUUCUAUCGGUAAUAUGGAUACUCGUGAUUCACUACUUUGAGAGGAUUUCUGUUCGUCUGUCAAUGGAAAGAUGUCAAUGGAAAAAUUGGGAAGGCUGGGAUAAAUCUGCUCAGCCACAUCGAAUAGCUUUGAUUGCAGACCCACAAAUUGUUGAUGAAAGUUCGUAUCAAGGAAGACCAAGGAUUUUAAAUUACUUUGUGAAGAAGAUAAGUGACAAUUAUCUUCAUAGAAAUUAUAGAUUCUUACAGGAAUACCUCGAUCCAGACACCACUAUUUUUCUUGGUGACUUAUUCGAUGGAGGAAGAGAUUGGAAGAAUAAAAUGUGGUUAGAUGAAUAUACAAGAUUCAACGAGGUAUUCCCAAAAAAACCAAACAGGAGGAUCAUCGAGUCCUUGCCAGGUAAUCAUGAUAUUGGCUUUGAAAAUAUCGACUUUGAGGUGGUUAAGCGUUUCGCAGCAUUCUUCGGGGAAGCAAAUGAUGUUAUCGAGAUAGGAAAUCAUUCAAUAAUCCUCUUAGAUACUAUAUCAUUAUCUUCGGAUGAUCCACUUAUUAGUAAAGAUUCAACAGAUUUUUUAAACAAUCUCGAUCAAAGAUUAAACCCACACUUCCCAAGAGUUUUGUUAACUCACGUACCCCUCUAUAGAUUCAAUGAUAAACAACUAUGUGGGCCUUAUAGAGAAUCCAAUAAACUUUUCCCCAUUCAAAAAGGAAAACAGUAUCAAACUGUAAUAGAAUUUGGAAUAUCACAAAAAGUUCUUGGUACCGUUAAACCUGAUAUAGUGUUCAGUGGUGAUGAUCAUGAUUAUUGCGAUGUUCGAUAUUCAUUUGACGAUAACGGAUCGGAGAGGUUUUCAAGAGAAAUAACCGUAAAAUCUGCGUCAAUGACUUGCGGUAUCCAAUAUCCAGCUGUUCAGUUAUUAUCUUUGAAUAACCCAUAUAAUUUAGAUCCUCAAGUCAAGCUUGCAACCCCAAAACAUGUAACAGAAAUGUGCUAUCUUCCAAAACCAUAUUUUGCAUUAAAAGUGUAUGUUUUUCUCUUCAUUUGCACGCUUCUUGUUUUGGCGAGUGUCUUCUUUCAAGGUUUGUUUAACUUACCGAGAUUUCAACAAUUGAAACUCAAAAGGAACGAUGAUUAUCUACUUGCUGAUAACAGCUGGAGGCCACAGAAGGAUUUAAUUAUAGAUAAUAUAAACAAAAAAAAGAAUGUUGGUGGUUUUUUCGCAAAUGGUUUGAUAUUAAUCGCUUCAAUUUAUAUUCUCUUUGGGAUUUACUAUUCAUACAUCUAG